AUGGCCUCGUUUGCUUUGAAAGGUUGGAAUUUGCAAAUGCCACCGAGCAGCGUCCAGCAAAGACCAUGGCACUAUCGGAUUCCGAAGAAAUCCCGGAACGGCUGCCAACAGUGCAAGCGGAGGAAAGUGAAGUGUGACGAACAAGGCCCCCGUUGCCGCAACUGCCGCCAUCGCAAGACGCAGUGCAGUUUUGAAUCCCAGUGCGCGCCCAAGUCACACUCCGCUCCAUCGCCUGCUCCUGAAACACACGCUUCAACCAGCAUUGUACAGGGUUUGGGGCAGCAGCCCGUGCGAUCUUUGGAUGAUCAGGUUCCGGUUGACUUACGCCUUCUAUACCCUAGCAAUCCGGAUCCUGUAGAAGACCUUGAAUUGAUGUACCACUACACCACAGUCACAUUCCUCUCGUUCAUCGACUACGACAUAUACAAGCCUGUCUGGGAGGUUGACAUUCCUCGGGAAGCCCGGUCUCAGCAAUUCCUGAUGCAUCUUAUCCUUGCCGUAUCGGCUCUGCAUAUCAACCACCUAUGGACCUCCAAAAAUCUUCCCGCACUUUCUUACAAGGAGGCUGCACAAAGGCACUAUAACGCUGCAGUGACAAUAUUCCGAUCCACCGUUCCUACGAUGACGAAAUCGAAUACCAGUGCCGUGUUCGCCUUCUCGAAUUUGAGCAUAUUCUUCGCCUUUGGGUCGGCCCAAUUUUCCAGUCGACGCAAGAGGCUUGAAAAUCCGGUCGAUGAGCUUUUGGAUAUUUUCAUUCUCCUUAGAAAGGCCAUGGCAACCAUACGCCGAUCAUGGCAUAUACUCGAGAAAAGCCCACUCGGAAUCCUGUUACAACGCGGACCGCAAAUUACGGAUCGCCGGUAUCUUCCCGUAGAAACUUCCAUGGCCCUUGAGCUUAUGGAGCAACACUGUCUACAUGUUCUAGCUUUGAAUUCUACCGAAUCUACCUUAAACCCAGUCUAUCAAAAAGCCAUCGAUCAGCUGUGGGACUCAUUUGUCAUGGCCCAGACCAAACGCAAGGAUUGGUCGAUGGCACUGAGAUUCCCCAUGAUAUUUUCAGACCCUUUCUUAUCGUACUUGAGAUGCAGAGAUUCGGUCUCCUUAAUCAUAUUAGCUCACUUCUGUGUGAUUCUCUACAAUGCGCCUGCUCGUUGGUGGGCGGAAGGGUGGAGCGUUCAAGUUAUCAACGCAAUAUUCGAGAAUCUGCCCCAGAACUGGAGAUACACAAUAUCGUGGCCGAUGGAAGUGGUUGGGCUAGCCCCCACCCCUUCCAGAUUUCGAAUCUGCUGA